AUGGAUGGAGUCAUCGAGUGUCUGCCACAUUUUGUUGCAUCUUCCAUCAGCGCUGUUAAAAUAUUAAAUAUGCAUUUCAACAAACGAAAUUUCCGCAAACUGUUCCAACUUGUGGCAAGACAAUGGCAGCAGCUGAAAUUCACCGAUGAAUUGCAUGUCCUAGAGGAAGUCGUCAUGCAAGGCAACAGAAUGGCGCACUUUUAUCGUAACACUUUAAUAUCUUUUAUGGUAUUGUUCUUGUUGGUGCCACUAAUUUCUCCAAUUCUUGAUAUUGUCCAUCCAAUAAACGGAACUCGAACACGUCAACAACUGCUAAGAGUUAAUUACAUAUUUUUUAACGAUGAUGACUAUUUCUUUUACAUAUAUUUACAAUUAUUUUGGAGCUCUGUCGUUGUAGUGUUCACCAUAAUAGGUGCUGAUUGGUUAUACAUGUUAAUAAUUCAUCACAGUAGUGGAUUAUUUGCAGUUUGUGGAUGUCAAAUUCAAAAGGCAACUGCGAAUCCAAACUACAUUACUCGUGAAAAUAUUUUUAAGAAUGCGACGUAUGAAAAGUUUCGAAAUUGCGUGUUGAUGCAUAAGGAAGCCAUACAGUAUGUAUACAUUAAUUAACAACAAAACAUAAUAAAAGUCGACAAAAUGAUUUCAAAAUUAUAAAAUGUAACUAAUAUAGAUCUUCAUUAAUUAUAAAGGUUUUAC